UAUCACGUCCAAGCAGCGGCACGCCGCCAGCUUUUGCAGCCAUUAUUGUUGUUGUCCUCACACGGAGAGCGGGGCUGCAGGGGAGGAGCGCCGCAUCUCACUGCGCAGACAGUCAGCGGCCCUCAAGCUCUAAAUUCGCUCGCUUUCGGGAUAGGAUCGCAGAGGCCUCGAGCCUGAGAAACAAUGACGGAGCCAAGCGGCAGAUACCGGCAACUGACAGACGAAGAGGAGCCAGGGGAGGGUGUCCCGGGGACCACUGAUGCCCCACCCCCCUACAGCAACGUCACAGCACCCAAUGCAGCUUAUUUUGAGUUCAAAGAAGAUGGGUCCUUCCCUAAACCUCCCUCCUACCAGGUGGCCACAUCACUCCCGUCCUACGACGAGGCGGAGCGAACCAAAGCGGGAGGCAGCGUCCCGCUCGUCACUGCCAGGGAUGAUGACUUUGCCGCCAGGGACGACUUUGAUGACGCCGACCAGCUGCGGAUAGGGAACGACGCCAUUUUCAUGCUGACUUUCUUCAUGGCAUUCCUCUUCAACUGGGUGGGGUUUUUCCUGUCCUUCUGUCUGACCACAUCAGCAGCGGGACGCUAUGGUGCCGUGUCUGGGUUCGGGCUGUCGCUCAUCAAAUGGAUCCUGAUCGUGAGGUUCUCCACAUACUUUCCCGGGUACUUUGACGGCCAGUACUGGCUGUGGUGGGUGUUCCUGGUGCUUGGACUCCUGCUUUUCCUCAGGGGAUUUAUCAACUACGCCAAGGUGCGGAAAAUGGCUGAUUCCUUCUCCACACUGCCCCGAACUAGAGUCCUCUUUAUCUACUAAAGGGAACAUGGAAGAAGCGGAGUCCCACUAGGAAGCUCUGAAAAUCCUACAGCAACCUUCUGGAUCUCUCCGAGAUAGACCACUGAUUCCCAGAGGGAUCAGCACUUCAAAUGUCAUUCCCCCCCCCCAAUACUUUCUAUGUUUGUAGAUGGAAUAAUUUACUAGUGGAUGCUGAGAAUUCUAUUGAAUCGUUAGUGGCUAAUGUUAAGUGCUACUUCAAAACGAGUCUGUGAUGUACGAAUAAUGCCGUAUGAUCUCUAUACAAUUAGCAUGCAUUAUCCCUUUGUCGGCCAAUAGAGGGCGCAUGGUCAUUAUUUUCUGUCUUAAAAUGCAUGUAAUCUGGUGCCGCCGUUGCUCAGGCGACUGAUGACGAGUCACUGCAGGGGCGGGGGUGGGGGUUAUCCUUGGUCCACACAGUGGUUUGCACUUUCCUGUGCUUUAAGGCUGUUGGCCUUAAAGCACUGAUUUCUUAUACAAGUUGUAAAUUUUGAAAUGGCUCUUUCUAGGAAUAGUUUGAAAUACAAUUUAAAUUUUUUUGGGUGAACUUAUUGCACAGAAGAUUGUCAAGCGCGCGUGUGUGUGUGUAUGUGCGUGCGUAUUUUCCGCCGUCCAGAUAAGGCGGCUGGGCGCCGGACCUGCUCCUGGUGCAUGGGAUCGGCUCGCCUCAGGUACAGCGAGAUGAUCAGGCCUGUCUGCAGAGUCGGACGCCCACCCGCCAGUACUCGCUGGGGCAGGGAGCAUGCAGCCGUCCUGUGAACUGGAGCAGCUCAUCCCACUGGGCCGGACACCCAGGGCACCAAAAACUUUGCGUACUUUUCUCACCUUUUAAUUAACACAGAAGCUGCAAGACCCCUUUUAACAAAACAUGUGACCAGUAAAUUCUGUCUUGAAGGUGUUUGAUAUUUCAUACCCUUUGUUCUGAUCUUGGGCGGCCUGUGUUUUACCUGUGAUGGGAGAGUGCCUUGUUUCCGAAGAGCACCACGAUUGUAAGAGUUAAAUGGUGAAACAAACGUGAGCAAGACUGUAAAUACCGAUAUCUCUAAUAAAUGUCACUUCUGUCCGUG